UGUGGCAGCACUGGCUGUGAAUGUCUAAGAGACGAAGCUUCUCAAUUUUUAUUUGGGGGAAUUCAACUAUAACCAACAGCUGUGUUGCAUGCAGCAUUUGGUCAUAUAAUCCUCGACAUAUAAGUCUUGAUUUUGUUUAAUUGUGCGCACAAACUAUUAAAAAUGGUUUACCUACAAUUGCUACUAGGUCUUGGUUGCGUUGUCGCAGCUGCAGGCCUAGCUAUAUAUUAUAUGUCAAAUACAGUUCCUCCGGAGCCGCCGCAUUCGCGCUCUGGUCGAGAUCGGCGUCGUUCGCAAUGCCAACACGACUUCAAUCAUACUAAUCAUCAACUGGUUCAAGAUCGUCCCAGUAAGCCUGGAGACUUAUGCAUAAUCUGUCAGGAGGAAAUGACAAGAGAUAACAUGCGUAUGAUGCAUUGCGGACAUGCUGUACACUCGGACGGUUGUUAUGAAGAUCAUCGUAAAUUUCGUCGUAACUGCCUUAUUUGCGGCAGUCUUGUAUUUCGGAUAACUCUUCCCGGAACUAACUGCGUCAUUUGCCAAGAGUCCAUGGCAGAGUCUGAUAUGGAGUACUUAAAGUGUGAGCAUGCCUUGCACAAAGGAUGCCUAGCUGCGUACAAGGGACAGAAAUACAUGGCAUGCCCUUUGUGUAAGAAAAGCCUUUAAGCUUAAACAAUCUUCAGAUAUCUAGUUCAAUUUGGUACUGAUAGCCAUGAAGUCCAUUAUUUUAGUAGUUAACGAAUGAUUAGUUAAACUGCAGAACUAAAGGACUGAGUGAUAUAGACAAUCGGUAUUGUUUAUGAACGACUGAAAGAGCUCACAAUAAUCGUUGCCUCUAAUUUGCACACAACAAGCAAUAUAAACAUAUAUCA